GCCAGGACCCACUCCUCUUGCUGAAAAGCCUUCAGCCUCUCUGGACAAAGAAAGAGAUGAAGAAGCUCAAGGAAGAAAUCAGGCGGGGCUUCGCAGGACUGGAGGACCCACUGGCAGGACUCCUGGACAUGCUGGAGAGCAGCAGUGAUUGGAAGGGGAAAGGGCAUUCCCUCGGGUAUUACAUCACCACCGAGUUGCAGCUUUGGAUAAAAGAGCAUCCUGCUGUUCAACAGUCUGGCACCAAGCUGAAGAAGCUGCAGGCCCGUGUACUCGGAAUCCUAGCCCAGUGCCCAGCUAAUCUUCUUGACCCUUUGAUUAGCAUUUACCAGCUCCAUACAGCAGACCGGAACUGUUUGCUUGAACGUGUCAGUCAUCUUUAUCACAAAGGCGAUUACAAAGAG